AUGAUCUCCCUCACCAUCCCACGCGUCGCCCUGAGGGCCGCUGCCCCAUCCAGGCAGUUCGCUGCCGCUGCUAAUGGCAGCGUUCGAGGAGUCAAGACCCUCACAGAAGCCGUCGGAGAGGUCAUUCCCAAGAAGCGCGAGGAGCUGGCUCAGCUCAAGUCUAGCUCUGCCGAUAAGAGCCUGGGUGAAGUCAAGGUGUCGAACCUUUUGGGUGGUAUGAGAGGAUUGAAGAUUAUGCUCUGGGAAGGCUCCGUCCUGGACGCCAACACUGGUAUCACUUUCCACGGGAAGACUAUCCCAGACUGCGAAAAGGAGCUGCCCAACGCCAAAGAUCUUGGUCUCGGAGGCAAGGAGAUGCGUGAGUGCGCGCGUUGGCUGCAUCUAUUCUGCGCUCGGCCUGUUUAACGAUGUACGCGCUUGCAGUACCCGAGUCUAUGCUCUGGCUUCUCUUGACUGGCAACGUGCCCAGCAAUGAGGAGGUGAAGCAGCUGUCUGCUGAGCUCGCUGCCAAGGGAAAGCUCCCCAGCUACGUCGAGAAGAUCAUCGACAGCUUCCCCAAGACUUUGCGUGAGUGCGACAAUUGCGAGUGUGCCAUGUAGGCGGGAGUCCUGACGUGCAUGAUACCGGACGCUUUGCAGACCCCAUGACCCAAUUCGCUGCUGCUGUCGGUGCCCUCAACCACGACAGCGCUUUUGCAGCUGCAUACACCAAGGGCAUCAAGAAGACGGAAUACUGGCAGCCCACUCUGGAGGACUCCAUCGACCUGGUGGCCAAGCUGCCCGCCGUCGCAGCCCGCAUCUACUACAAUGUAUUCGGAAAGGGUGACGGCCAGCAAAAGAUUGACACCUCCAAGGACUUGAUCGGCAACUACGCCGAGAUGAUUGGCUACGGUGGAAACGAGGGUCUGACCGACUACCUCCGUUUGUACAUUGCCAUUCACGGUGACCACGAGGGUGGUAACGUGUCUGCCCACACUGCUCGUGAGUAGCAUCGUGUGUCGAGCAGAGCAAAGAAUAUGGCAGCUGAUCGUGCCUUUCUGUGGAACGCGACGCAACAGACUUGGUUGGCAGUGCCCUCUCCGACCCUUACUUGUCUUACUCUGCUGCUCUUCUCGGUCUCGCUGGUCCUCUUCACGGGUGAGCAUAAGUGUUGCACGAGCAUGGGACUCUAUAGAGACACGCUUACACGCACCGCGUCUGCACUUUCGCAGUCUUGCCAACCAGGAAGUGCUCGGAUGGGCCCUUGGCAUGCAAGACAAGGUUGGCCCCAACGCUUCCCACGAGCAGAUCAAAGAGUACCUUUGGGACACGCUCAAGAGCGGCCGUGUCGUUCCCGGUUACGGACACGCCGUUCUGCGUCGACCAGACCCUCGUUUCACAGCCCUGAGCCGAUUCUGCGAUGACAGACCCGAGCUGCAACAAUCUUCCAUCGUCCAGCUGGUGAAGAAGGUUUCCGAGGUCGCUCCCGGCGUGCUGAAGGAGCACGGAAAGACUGCAAACCCCUUCCCAAAUGUCGACGCCGCUUCCGGAUGUGUGCUCCAUGAGUACGGUCUUUCCGAAUUCCGCUACUACACUGUCAUUUUCGGUAUCUCCCGCGCCAUUGGAGCUCUGCCUCAACUCGUCAUGGACCGCGCUCUCGGUCUGCCCAUCGAGCGCCCCAAGAGUAUGAGCAUCGCUGCGCUCAACAAGCACCUGGGUAACAACUAG